AUGAAGACUAGUCAUUUUGUUCUUGCUAUAUUUUUAUCAAUCGUCAUUGCCAAGUUGAACCCAGAUAUCGGAAGUACAGGAGGGUUACUGAAGCCAGAGAUUACAGUCAAGUACAUUACAGUUUCCCUGGUGUUUCUCAACACUGGACUCUCUCUUCCCACUGAGGAACUGAAAGUUGCCAUCCUGCGAUGGCACCUGCAUUUGUUUAUUCAGGCAUUCACUUUCAUUGUCUUCCCAUGCAUUAUGUACAUGCUGGUUUUUAUACUGCAACAUACAUCCUUUCAUCCUGCAUUACUUGAUGGGUUGAUGAUACUGAGCACAUUGCCGCCACCUGUUUCCUCUGCCAUCAUUUUGACCAAACUUGUGGGUGGGAAUGUUGCAGCCUCUGUGUUCAACUCAGCAUUUGGCAGCCUUCUGGGUAUUUUUAUUACUCCAGCUCUAAUUUUGUUAAUGUUUGGCGCAUCAGAGGUAGAAGUGCCAGCAGAGAAAAUCUUCCAGCAGUUGUUUAUGACUGUGCUUGUGCCUCUUGUCAUUGGUCAGAUUAUCCGCAGCAGACAGCAGCGAUGGCUACAUCGGCAGAAUGUCCCAUUUGCCACAAUUGGCCAGGUGCUGAUUAUAUACAUCAUUUAUACAACAUUCUGCUCAACAUUCUCCCGGACAGAUUUUGAUGUGGAUACAUACUCUUUGGUGGCCUUAACUUUGCUCAUUUUCUGUUUGCAGCUUGGCAUCAUGGCUUGCCUCCUGCUCACAAGCUCCAGCUCCUUGUUCAACUUUAAUUCCCUUGACCGUGUGGCAAUCACCUACUGUGCCACCCACAAGUCCUUAACUUUGGGCAUCCCUCUGAUUGAGAUUAUCUUUGAGGGCAACCCAGCCAUGAGCAUCAUGUCUAUACCCCUAUUGAUCUACAAUCCCAUGCAGAUCAUUCUCGGUAGUCUGACUAUAGCACCGUUCAAGAAUUGGCUGGCUCAGCAGAAACGGACAGUAGG